UAUUUAUUUUCUGUUUUCAUUUUCAUUGUGCUACAGCUGAAUUUCAAUUUUGGUAUUCUUCGGUUGUGAAAAUAAUUUAUCGACAGAAAUUACUAGGUGCCUUUGAAAUUAUACAAAUUAUUUAGGCUUGUGAAGAUUUAAGAUCAUUACAAAAAAUGGAGUUUCCUACGCUUGGUGAACACUGUCAAUACCAAAAUUGCAACCGGGUUGAUUUUCUACCUCUUCAAUGCAAGUGUGGGAAGGUAUUCUGCCGGGAGCAUUUUAACGAACAUUGUUUGUCCGGUGAAUGCGAAUUAGCACCAAAACCCAAAGAAGUUAACCUCAAAAAUGAUGACCAAAUAUUCAGGUGUUCAGAGAAAGGAUGCCGGAAGGGGAACCUUCAUGAAAUGUUGUGUCCUAAGUGUAAUAAACACUUCUGUAUUGAACAUAGGUUUCAUCCUACCUGUCCUGAAAUAGAUGAUGAAACAAUGGCAGCCAAAAUAGAGCAGCUUGAAGCCCCAAGAAGACAAUUCCGAGAAGCAAAUAAACAUUUACAAGAGAAGAUCACAGAGAAUAUCCGCAAGGCUCUUCAAUCAUCAGCAAAAGUAAAGACAGCAUCAAAAAUACAUUUAAUGAGGAUAAAACAAAAGGCAGUUGGUCCUAAGACAAUACCAGCAUCAGACAGAGUAUACUUUGCUAUCAAAAAGCCAGUAAACAUGGAGCCAAAACCAAUCAAAAUUGUGCAGGAAGAGGAUAGUAUAACUAAAUUUGAGUCUGUGACUCUGGAUCCAGAUAUAAAAGACACUGUUCCAGUAUUUAUCAGUUCCAAAUGGAGCUUGGGCAGAGCUAUAGACAGCAUUUGUGAUUCUUGUAAUAUAAAGAAUGAUAAUAAUAAAAUGAGCCCUGUUAAGCUAAGAUUGUUUAGGCAGUUAGAUAGUUACUGCAUAAGUCCUAUAAAAAUGGAUGUGGAAAUCUCUGAGCUGAUGAAGAAUGAGGUUCUGUUGGAAGGUGACAGACUCCUGGUUGAGUAUAUUGAUAGCAAUGCUCUCAGUGAGUUAGAGGAACAUGCACAGCUAUUCUUAAGCUAAAAAUUUUGUAAAUAAAUGUGUAAAUGGAUUUUCGGGUUUAUUAUUAUAUUUUUUUCUGAGUUUGUUAGAUUUCGAAUUUCGAUUUACAGGGUAAAAU